CCACCCACAGAAUUUAGACUCUCGUCGCUGUAUGAACUGCAGGUCCGCUUGUCCGGAGCAUGGAGCUACGCCGCAUUCAUAAAGCCGACUCCUCAACUGGCCACUGUACUCUGCAAAAUACUCGGCUUCAGCACUUGGGGUGGACAAUACGCAUAUUAUGAUGUGAAAUAUUCUCCAAAUGAACGUAUCAGCUACUGGGUCGGCGAUUAUGAUUGUCUCGGUACAGAGACCAGUCUGGACAAUUGCAGAUCUGCUCAGACCUACUAUGCAGACAACGUCGGGAGAUUUUUUCUCUUCUGCAAAAAUAGUAAGUAA